UGUUAAAGAUUACAUGGCCCCUACCGGAAUUUACAGGACUGAACGUGAACAUCGUGCAUUAAUGCCUUUAUCGGAGGUGCGAAACAAAAUAGCUGAUGUGAACACUCCAAUAAACAUUGAGGAUGAGAUUCGCCAGAUAAAAAACAAAUUUUUGGACGUGAAUUUUGAAAAGGUCAAUCCAAAUGGAUGCACAUUCACCCUUCACGGACCCGAGAGAGGCUCUGCGUUCAUACGCGUCAACAUUUCAUUCCCUGAGGGAUAUCCUCGUAAUAAAGCAAAGUUCAAAGUUCCAGAGACAGGAAUGACGUCUAUAAUGACCAGGACUCAUAUUAGACAAGAUCUUGACAAACUGGCGACAUUUUGUUCGACUCAGGGAAAGCCGUGUCUGGAAGUUUGCAUACGUUUCCUACUAGGACAAAGACAAGAUUUUCAAGAUCGAUAUGGAAUGGACGACUCUGAUGAAGAGAAUCUUUUACAUGCCGACAGAAAAUUUUUCAAAAACGACCUUUAUAUGAUGAUAGGGGAGAAGGAGGAUCAUUUAGUCCCUUUCCCGAUAUUGUGUGGAGCGCGAUUUUCAACGAAUGGCAAGCUUGUAUGCUUCUUUUCGAGUCUCAAAUCUCGAGGCAACAAUAUAUCGAGCGACUGGUCAUUCACUCAUCCUCAAGCUUACGAUACAUGGGAGCAAUAUAAAAAGUUAAUGUUGACACUUCCAAAACCUGCACCCUAUGACAAUGAUGAUGAUCCAGAUGAUUUCCAUGCACUCUACUUUACGGCAAAGGCAGGAGUACACGAUAGCACUUCUUUAUUCGAACCCUCCAAAUCUAAGGAGGGUGGUGUUUAUGUUGUCGAAUCAUCGGAGGUCAUGCCCGUCAAUUAUGAACUUGCCACAAAAUACACGCUUAACGGAAAUGAUGCUGUCGAGAUUUGUGAAUACAAUGCGCGAGUAGCUGCAAAGCAUAACC